GAUUCAGAAAGCACCUUUCUUGAAGCCUCAUAGCCUUGUGGAGCCCGUGAUAUGCGGCAGCCAUGGCCAGGUCAGAAACGACACUGGACCUAGAAGACUUGGCCAGUCGCUAUGACACCCAAGUGCUGCGAGAGUACCUGCUUGAGCAAGAGGAUGGUGGCGCAAGACCACAGCCUGGCGAGGAUGCGACUGACCAAGCCACUUUGCCGGACAUCUACGAUCUUCGGUCCAGAUGCUUCAGGAGGAUUCGAGCACUCUUGGUUGUGAACUUCCUCGCCUACUGGUCAACGGCCAGCUACUGUGGGUACUCCUUUUACCUCCGUGUGGAGGAGAUCGGCACAAAGGCCAUGCCUCCUAUGGAGGUUGCGUUGGCAUGUGUGUUUCUUCUCGGGACCCAAGCCACAUUGGAGCUGGCGGCUGCAGUCUGUUUGACACAGCCAGUGCGGCUGGGUGAUGGGAGGAGUAGUGGCUUCACGAGUUGGGAUAUGCUAGCUUGGCUAGCGGGAGCUGGUGCUCGGUGCUCUUUGCUCCUGGAUGUUCUUUGUCUUCCCUUGAUGAAGCGUGGGUCCAAGUUGCUCUUCCUGCUCUCAGCCAGCACCUUCGUAUUUGCGAUUGGGCUGUUUGUUUUCACUGUGCAGCUGCGACUCUUGAUUGGCAUGUUCUGCAGCCGGGACCACUUUUCCUAUGACAAGCCCGACCUGUUCUUCAAGGGCCGGGAUACCAGUGGCCUGAUGGAGGGUCCACCGAUAGCGGCACGGCCACCAGUACAUCGGGAAGAUGAGGAUCCUCAAGAUCUUCGGCUCGGCAGGGCGACUCCGGUCAACACCAUCAAAGCAGCAAACUUUGCUCACCUGAACGACUUAUCUUUGCUUCACCUGGUGCUUCGGAGGCAUUAUGUACCAAUCAGCUGCCAAGAAACGCAGGAAUUCGCUAUAUCCAUUGCCUCGUUUUCACGCUGCUUCUGUGAGGAUGUAGUGCAGUGCAGCUUGAAGUUUUUCUUCAUCAUGGACUGUGAGGUCAACUUCUUGGUGCUUCUGUCCUUGUUGGUGUCUAUUGCACAGGCAAUCGGAUCUUGCUUCUAUGCCAGUGCGUCUGCCAUGGAUCUCAGGAGCUUGGAUGAGAUGUCGAAUGAUUGAAACGCCGGUGUAGCAUUGUUUUGUCUCACAUGGCCAAGUACGUAGACGCUGCCACGAAUCACUUUCAAAGAUUGUUCCGGCAAGUGUUUCAAACCAGUUGAGCCAUUCUUUGCACACAACAUACAACAAUAUCCUGUGGCACAGCCCACGCAAACGGGCUAAACCUUGCUAAAACUGAUCCUUGCUGGCGAUAGACGACGGCAAAACCGC